UGUCACUAGUGUCAUCUUUAUAUUUCAAAACUUUAUCAUUUAUUUUAUUACAAAAACUAUUUUUAAAAUCUAGUCUAUAAAAAAACUAGGUAGUUAUAAAGUAUUUUUGCGUAUCUACACGUACGUUCAUCUACGAGGCUUCAAUAUUUCGUGAAAAUACAGUGUAAUUGCUUGGUAAAGUGUCAUUGUUUUCUAUUGUUGAUAACAGUUAAGUAAAACCGCGGGAAUUUCUACAUUCAUCAAAAUACUGAUAUAAAGUUGAUAACUGAAAGAAAAUACACUAUGUCUACUUACGAAAUAUCUGACGAUGAAGACACUUUUGAAGAAGCUCUUAAUUCCAAUCAAUAUAUAUCUGAAAGCUCAAUUAUGAUAAGCAGUGACGAUAAUUCAAUGGACGCCUCAAAUCUCAAGGACAGUGAUAGUUCUGAUUGUGAAGUUAAUCACCCGAACGUGAACUUAAAAAAAACGAGAUCCGCUGUUAUCAAGAGAUUAUUUCCAUUUAGUACAAAUAAAAACAAUUUAAAAAAUGAUGUGAAUAAUGGUAAUGUUCAGAAGGUAGCUCAUAUGAACCCUCCAAAACAUGUAGAUGAUAUUAAAAAUGCAGCUUCUGUGUCUAAACCAUUUAUACCUGUGGAAAAAACACCUGGAGUUAAUAAAAUGAUUGGAGGAGUUUUAGUGAACAUGCCGGUCGAACCCUAUGGAUGUCAGUUAGCUUUAAUGUCCAAGGUGAUAACAGCUAUUAAGACAAGUCAAAACUGUCUACUGGAGAGUCCAACUGGCACAGGAAAGACACUAGCAUUGUUGUGUAGCGCUUUAGCCUGGCAGAGAUCAGAGAAAAAUCGUAUCGGACAAAUUCAAGUGGAAAGUUAUUUCUCUGAUUACCCCGAAUUGAAGAAAAUGGAAGGCGCAGCAAACUACAUUGCCACACCAUCGAAAGUAAGCCCAGAGAAAAAAUUCGAGAGACCAGUUUUUGGUGAAAAAAGUAUAUACGACAAACCAGAAACCAACGAAGUAAACUCUAUUGGCUAUGGCAGCAAACGUCAGGAGCCAUUACGGGAAGAUUCUCAAGAUUCGCCGGACAGCUCUCUAGUCACGAUACACGCAAAGCGACAACGGCUGAAGUCCAGCGAGAUAGGCGAAUGCUCUAAGAGCUCGCCAUCUGUCACGCCUGUUAUAUCUACACCCGGGAAAGGAACUAAUACUGGGAAUCCUGAAACACCGCAGCAUGUAAGAUCCCUAUACAGCCUGGUCGAGAGCCUCCAACUGAGGACGUCCAUGAUUGUUGAUUGCAGCGUGCCCACCAUAUACUAUGGCGCGAGGACCCACAAGCAGAUCCAGCAGGUGAUCAAGGAGUUCAAGAGAACCGCGUACUGCGGCGAGGCGGCCAUGUCCAUACUCUCCAGCAGGGAGUACAGCUGCAUCAGAGAGUUGGACAGGAGCCAGUGGGGCAAUAAGAACGACAUGUGCAGGGGGUGCAUCAAGGUAAAAAAUUCUGGCGAUAAAUCAAAGGGCGAGACAAACUGCGCCUACUACAACAACCGAACUGCCCUUAACCAUCGCACUCUGCCGCCGGCUUUCGACCUGGAAGACCUGGUGAAUGCGGGCGUAGAGAAGACCGCAUGUCCAUAUUACGCCGCAAAGCACAUGGCCAGUAACGCCCACAUCGUGUUCUGUCCGUACAAUUACUUGAUCGAACCAAGUAUCCGGAGCAGUAUGCAAAUAGAACUUGAAAACAAUAUUGUGAUUAUCGAUGAAGCUCACAACAUCGAGGACAUUUGUCGUGACGCUGCCUCUAUCACAUUCUCGCGGGACGACAUACUAGCGGCUAUAGUUGAAUUAGAGAAGGUGUCAGCACACCGGUACAGCAACAAUGACGCGCUGUUUUACAUCGAUCAACUUUUGAAGACCCUAAAAAGUUGGGAUUAUUGGUUCGCAAAUCAUCUACAAUUACUGGCGGACAAACCGGUGGUCAACAAUGAGGUGGUUCACACAUGGCAGGCGGAACACUUCGUGCAGACACUCGACAACCACAGCAUAGGACAAAAACAGUUCGCAGGGUUCCAAACUAGCGCGGAUACUUUCUGCCAACGUUUGCGGGAUGAUCAUCGCACGCUACCAGGCGUCACUCAGGCCACCGGUACCCUCGUUGAGUCCAUACUGAUGGGACUAGGAUAUCUCUUUCGUUCAUCUGGAAAGUAUCUGGAUGACUUCACACCAGCUCUAGUGAAGACUGUGGCGAUGAACUCGUCUUAUGGCGCCAAGCACUGGCGACGCUCGCAGUAUGCGCAGAACGUAGAAAAAGAGAAAUUGGAGUUGCGACUGAUGUGCAUGAAUCCGGCGGUGAUUUUCGAAGACCUGAAGGUGGCCAGGUGUGUGGUGCUGGCGUCUGGCACGCUCACGCCCCUCAUCAGCUUGUACUCGGAACUGGCGACCGAGUUCCCCCUCAAGGUCAGCCCCGGGCACGUCAUACCGAAGGACAGAGUAUGGGUGGGCUCGCUGGGCUCGUGCAGCCGCGGAAGGGAGCUGCAGUGCCGCAGCAAUGACACCUCGCAGCCGGCUGUGCAGGAUGCGUUAGCAGACGCCAUCUUACUCGUCUGCCGCGUAACACCCAACGGCGUGCUAUGCUUCGUACCGUCGUACAAAGUCAUGGACAGCCUUGUCAAGAGGUGGACGGAAACUGGAAUAUGGAAUGAGCUCGACCAAUUGAAACACGUAUUCACUGAGAGCAGGAACGUUCGGGACCACAACGAUGUAAUGGAUGAUUACUACAAAUACGCAGCGACUACUAAAGGUGCCAUAUUGUUUGCGGUGUUCCGCGGGAAGGUCUCUGAAGGAAUGGACUUCAAAGACCAUCAGGCCAGGGCAGUAGUAACGAUCGGUAUCCCGUAUCCGAAUACUUACGACAUGGCAGUAAAAGCGAAAUUGAUGUACAACGACAAGUAUACCAAAGAGAGAGGUCUCUUGCCGAGAAGUGACUGGCUUCUGGUACAAGCUUACAGGGCGUUGAACCAAGCGGUCGGUCGUUGCGUCCGCCACCGCGCCGACUGGGGCGCCGUGCUGCUCAUAGACGCUCGCUUCCGGCAGCCCUGCUACACCAAGCACCUCUCCGGGUGGGUGAGGAACCUUUUGGGUAACAAUCAUCAUACGUUCAACAGUCUAGUCAACAGCCCCAACAGUCUGGAGUCAUUCAUGCAAUAUAUGAAGAUCUCGGAGAGCGAAAAGGCGUGACAAUGUUUACCAUUGUACGAACUGGGAGGUUAAAAAUCUUACCUUACGAAAAUCAUAAUAAGAUUUACUUUGCAUAACCCGCAGAGUUUAAUAGGUCUUUCACGAUGAGGGCGUAACAUUAAUGGAAUAGUACAUUUACAUCGGCGGACUAUACGAAUCAAAUCCGAUUAUGAUUUUUAUACGAAUAAUGGAUUUUUUUUUCUUGUUAGAUGAUAAUGGAAUGGUAACUUCGUCUGCACCAUCGGUAUAUUUCUAGCAAUGGGGCUGGCAGUACCCAUUACUAACAAUUGUUAUCGUCACGUAUUAUUGGAUCAUUGAUAUACAAUUUAUAUUACAAACAUGAAUUAUAUGAGAAUUAUCUUUUUAUUGUAUUUUUUUUUAUACAACUUAGAAUGGCAAACAAGCUGACGGUCCACUUGAUGGAAAGUGGUAACCGUCGCCUAUAGACAUGAGCAGUACCGUGGACAUAACAGAGUAUACUGUUUCACCCAUGAUACCCCCCAUACGUUGCCAUUCUUAAGGACUCAGGUGUUAUUCCUCUGUACGCAGUAAAUUCACGCCAUAUCCCAUCCUUCAAACCGAAACACGGCCAUGCAAACACAACUGCUUCACGGUUGAAACACGAAUGGGACAGAGGUACCCAAGCAAAAUCGACUUUUGUACAGUCUUUCUAUGUAUACUACUAUACUUUUGUUUAAUAAGACUACACUAGUUACAGUUAUGCAGUACAUAAUAAGUAUAUAUUUUUUGAAAUUGUAUAUUUUCCUUGAUAAAUAAGCUUUUAUAAUGUAAACGUCAUUCGAAUGAAUCAACUACAUUCAACGAUACGACCUAAUAAAUACUGCAAAUAAUUGUAAAGUUCGAUGCAAUACUUUGUAACUUCGGUCGCUACUCUCCAUGCUCAAGCCUUAUUUUAGGACCUUAUUACACUAUGUUUUUAGACUGGAAAAAUGAUCUCAUUAGUUGAUUUCUAAAUCUGUUUAUUUAAAAUAUUUUUAAUGGAUCAUUAUAGAAUGAUAAUGCCUGCGCUAUCGGUAUACACUGGCGGGGCACCAGUGAGUGAUGAUGAGUGAGGAUGAAGCAGGUCAGUUAUCCCAUCGUGCAGAAUUCAACAAGAAUUAGCCACGAUGGUUUCCAGGGGAAACCACGUGGAGGUCGAUCUGGUAGGGCAUAUUGCUAGCAAUAGGGCUGUCAAACCCCAUUACUAACAAUACCUUUCCCCCUAUAAAAGAUAUUAUCUAUAUAUAAGGAUGCUAAUUGACUGACUGAUUAACCCAUAUGUCAACGCACAGCCGAAACUGUUGAAUCAAGAUUCUUGAAAUAUUCCUAAGAAAGUAAAACAGGAGUUGAAAACUUAUAUGGAAUUCAAUCAGUUUAGAUACGUGAAAUUUUAGAUUAAAGCUUUAGGUUCCGAACUAAAAUUAAUAAGUUUUCAAAAGCCAAAAGCUUACUCCCCUGAAUAAUCAAUUACACACGCGAGCGAAGCCGUGAACAAAAGCUAGUACUAGAUACUUUAAAACAUUUUAGUAAUAUUUGAAAUUUUAUACUAGUCAAUUGAUAAUUUGGAAUGUUUGAUAGUGUAAUAAGGUUUUAUUUAAUUGUCGUUAAGUAGGCGUUUGUAAGAGGCCAGGUUUUAUAAAUAAUUAUUCAUAAUGUCUCGCAAAAACAUAUUUUUUAUUUGUUAAUUUUAA